CGUUUAACGAAAACAAAAAGCAGAGCAUCUUUGUUCGAUGCAAAAACGAAACUCACAUCAUCCGUGUUAUCGGUGGAUAAUACUCCUAACGCUGCUAUCAAAAUAACACCGUCACACUACCCAAUAACGGCUCGCACGAGAGAACAGCGAAGGAGACGGAUUGAAAAACAACGACUAGGGGAGCGGGAGUCAUAAAACACUCACAAGUAACGCCACCCUGGCAGCAGUGGAGGCCGCCCUCUCCCACCCACGUCCUGCUUUACCUAACAACCAGAGCAAGCAGCCAACCGAGGCGCUCGGCGAUCAUCAUUUCUCCCGGUGUAUCCCCUCAAAUCACCACCGCCUUCGCGAGCAAUUCCGGGCACCCACUUGCCGCGCUUAACCUCCACAUUUCGGCCCCCCUAAAAAACAACCCCGUUCACACUGGCCUUACCAACCCGCCACCAGGAACUGCCGCGAUUUUUAUAAUUCCCCCACCCUUGCUUUCCUGAAUGACGGGCGGCCGGUUUGAUUUUGACGAUGGCGGUACAUAUUGCGGCGGUUGGGAGGACGGCAAAGCCCACGGACACGGCAUCUGCACGGGACCCAAGGGUCAGGGCGAGUACGCGGGAUCUUGGUCCAACGGGUUCGAGAUAGUCGGCGUGUACACCUGGCCCAGCGGCAACGUCUACCACGGAUACUGGGCGCAGGGGAAGCGCCAUGGACUCGGCGUGGAGACGAAGGGGAGGUGGAUUUACCGGGGGGAAUGGACUCAUGGACUGAAGGGUCGAUACGGCGUGAGGCAGAGUUUAAACACGCCGGCCAGGUACGAGGGGACGUGGAACAAUGGUUUACAGGACGGAUACGGCGUCGAAACGUACGGGGAUGGAGGGACCUACCAGGGCCAGUGGACAGGCGGGAUGCGCCACGGCUACGGCGUGCGUCAGAGCGUGCCGUACGGCAUGGCCACGGUCAUCCGCUCGCCGCUGCGCACCUCGCUGGCCUCCCUGCGCAGCCAGCAGAGCAACGGCACCGUGCUGCUCGACAGCGCCUCCGACGGGCCCACCGGCACGCGCGGCGGCUUCGUGCUCAACUUCCACUCGGACGGCGAGGGCGGCGAGCGCAAGAAGGGCCUCUUCCGGCGCGGCUCCAUCUUCGGCAGCCUGCAGCGGCUCCGCAAGUCGGACUCGCGCUCGUCCAUCUCCAGCAAGCGCAGCUCGGCGCGCAGCGAGACCACCAUGAGCCGCAUCAGCUCCAGCGACGCCAACUCCACCGUCAGCUUCGGGGACGGCGACGCCGGCGACGACUACCUGCCGCUGGAGGACAACGUGGACGCCACCACCACCGAGUCGUACAUGGGCGAGUGGAAGAACGACAAGCGCAACGGCUUCGGCGUGUCGGAGCGCUCCAACGGCAUGAAGUACGAGGGCGAGUGGCUGAACAACAAGCGGCACGGCUACGGCUGCACCCUCUUCCCCGAGGGCCACAAGGAGGAGGGCAAGUACAAGAACAAUGUGCUGGCGCGCGGCAUCCGCAAGCAGCUCAUCCCCAUGAAGAACGCCAAGACCAAGCAGAAGGUGGACCGCGCCGUGGAGGGCGCCAUCCGGGCUGCCGCCAUCGCGCGGACGAAAGUGGAGAUCGCCACGUCCAGGACGGCCCACGCCCGGGCCAAGGGGGAGAACGCCGACCACGCCGGGCAGUCCGCCGGCCAGGACUCGGACAUCGCCAGAACCGUGGCCAGAGAGCUCUCCCCGAGCUUCCACCAGCCAGGACCCGACUACAUCCGCAUGAAGUACAACGAGCCGCUGGAGGUGACGGAGGCCCCCCUGGAGGAGAAGAAGGAGAAGUCGUCCUCGCCCCACUUCUACCGGAAGGGCACCACCCCCGAUCCCUCCCCCAGCGCCAGCCCCUCCGUCAGCCCUGCCCCCUCCCCCCCCACCCCCACCAAGAGCACCAGCACCCCCGCCCCCCCCCUGGUAAAGAGCGCUGCUAGAGAGAGCAAUGCCCCCGCGCCGGGCAGCAUACCUGCAGUCAAGGCAACGUCAAAUCCCCCGGCAGCCUCGCAGGAAGUGAGGCAGAAGGAAGCCCUCCCUCCCGCCAGACCCGCCCCCUCCCCCGCCCCCGCUGUCACAACCAGCGCCGUCACCAGUAACCACGGCAGCAACGGCCAGAUCCACUCCCACUUCCACGGCUACCACGUCAAGGCCGACGUCAAGAUGCCGCCGCCGGACGACUCCCAGCUGGAGCUGGAGGACAACUUCCACCCCUCCAGCCUGGCCCAGCUGGCCCCCCUCACCAAGCAGUACCGGCCCCCCAGCGAGAGCCCCGUGCUGGCCCUGGCCCCGGCCCCGGCGGCCGCGGCCCCGCCGGUCAGUAAAGAGGUCAGCCAGCCCAGAGCCCCGGAGACGCCCCGACCGAAGAGGCAGGAUUCACACAAACCAAAGAGCCUCGCCGAAACCAAGAAGGCCAGCCUGGACAUGAGCACGGAGAUCAUAGAGGAGGAGUCGGGCCCAAAUUCAAUCUUGGUGGCUCUCGUCAUGCUGAUAAAUGUUGGUCUUGCCAUAAUUUUCGUCCAUUUCCUCACCUGACCAAGUCUGAAUUCAGUGGGCUCCUCAGAACGAGUCGCCCUCGGCCUGCCUCCCAACUGCUCCUUUCCCUCGC